AUGGGACGCUCCGACGCUAAAGACGAUAGGCAUACUGCAACGUCGCUGCCUCCACACGGAUCCAGAUCCGACCUCAAGAAAUCUCCUGGCAGCGACACAAAGAGCCCGGGCCUAGGUCACGGGCAAACGGCAGCAGACCAUUCGUCCUCUCACGGAUAUAGCUCCGACUCCGAAUCUUCCGACAUCAUCGCAGACAGCCCAUGUUACGGGCACGAAAUCCAGGAAGAGUCUUGCGAGAUACACGAGCUUACGCUUCAUGCCGUGAUGGCAUUGGCUUCUGACGCCGCUGAGCCGACGAGUCGCGGCGAUUCCAUGUCCGUAAUGGUAACGACUAGCACGAAGGAUGACACAACAGAAGUCAUCACCAUUACGGAGUUGCCUGCCGACUCGGGGGGCGAGGCGAAUCCCUCCAACGAAGAAGCAUUCGCUGGGGAAAACUGGAGAAACCAUCCAGAGCAUGUCGUGGAAUCAUACGCUGGACAAGAAGAGGUGAACCUGGUGCCUCCAUGGCAGCAGCAAGCGGAAAAGAUUGCAUAUCACCACAAAAUGCCUGGCUGGACUUAUCACCAUCCCUCACCAGCCUGGUGGGUUGACCAUUAUCCUCAGGCGGGUUGGAGCUACUACGAUCCCUUUCCGAUUUGGUCUUACUACAAUCCCGGUCUGGACCAGAUCAGUUAUUUCUAUCCCUCGCCCCAUUUGUGUGUUCACAACCCUUCGCAAACGUGGUAUUACUACGAUCGGGCGAUGGGCUGGAUUUACUGCGAUAAUGCGCUGGCUUGGAAGUAUAUGCAUCCUGAGCCGUAUGAGCUUCGUGGCAUGGGCCCGGAGCACCCGCCAGAUUGGACUUUUUACCGUUAUUUUGAGUGUCCGAUUUUUAGUCUUUAG